GUCCCAGAUGGCUCUGCCGUGUGGAGCUCCAUGUGGCUGAGGGAGGGGCAGCUGUGUGCUCCGAGGAGGGGCUGCACCUCCCUGCGGGUCACAUGCCCUGGUCCAUCAUCGGGGUCCAGGAAGGCCGAGGGCCCCGAGGGCCUGUGCAGCUUCCCUUCCUGCCCCCGAGAGCUCCAGCAACGUACUUGACCAGUGCUGGGCAAGGAAGCAGAGAGGCCAGAAAAGCAGAAGCGGACACGGGACAAUCGAGCCCUCUGUGGGAGGCUGGACCUGGUCCACACAGAGGGCUUGGUGCAGCCGCAGGUGGUGUCUGUGCUGGAGAAAUGACCCCGAGGGUCUGGGCCGCAUGGCUGCCCUCUGCUGUGUUUCUCCUCCAGGCCCCAGGCUGUUUGGCCCUGAGCGGCCCCCGCUACGUGAAGGGCACUGUGGGGGGAUCCCUGAGCGUGCAGUGUCGGUACGAGGAGGAGUUCAGAAGGAAUGAGAAAUACUGGUGUGCAAGCCCAUGCUCGUCACUGAGGAGGAACAAGAUCGUGGAGACCACUGGGUCAGAGAGAGAAGUGAGGAGGGGCCGCGUGUCCAUCAGGGACCACCCAGCAAACCUCACCUUCACCGUGACCAUGGAGAGACUCACAGAGGCUGAUGGAGGCACAUACAGGUGUGGGAUCGACUUAUCAUGGCGCCAAGGAUUUGUGGACGACACGUUCGAGGUUGUGGUGACUGUGUCCCCAGGUGAGCCAUACGCCCCUCCCCUUGUCACAGGGCCAGGCUGCCUGACCUGUACCUGGUCACCCUGUCGGUCAGCACAGACAGCCACACAGCUGGAAGAGUGGGAGGCCAGGGGUGGGAGUGGGGUGGCAACACAGGGCCUGACAAGUGCUUCCCCCUCAGCCCCCACAACCACACAGAAGGUCUUCGCCAGCACCCUGGGCCCACCCUCCUCCCUGCUAGACACCACCCUGCUCAGUACGACGUGGCCAGAGACGCCCGAGCCCCGCCAGCACCCCCGGUCCCUGCUCAGCAGCGUCCACUUCCUGCUCCUGCUCUUCCUGAAGCUGCCGCUGUUCCUGAGCAUGCUGGGGGCCGUGCUCUGGGUGAGCCGGCCUCAGCGGGGCUCUGGGAGGGGCGGGCCGCCCCGUUCUGAGAACCAGUAGCUCCUGCUGCCAUCGAUGCUCCAGCCAAGGACACAGCCCCUGAUGGGAAUGACCUUGUCUAAGGUGACUAAUAAAUCCAGUGUCACUGUC